UUCCGAAAUAGCCAUUCAUACCGCUCCACACUCCGUUCCCCUUCAGUGCAGGAAACCCUAGAUCAGGUCCCAAUGGCGGCCAGUACCGAAGAAGAAGCGGAGAGACUGUACAUGGCUUCGUUCAUCAAAUUCCGGCGAGGUUCGGGUUAUAUCCAUAGGAUACCGCCCACACGGAUCCUCAUGUUCCCAGAAAUCUUUGAGGUUGCGUGGGGUUGGGAGCGGAUACUGCCAAAAGACUUCUGUUCCAUGCCAUUGUAUUUGGAUUAUCUCAAGGAGUAUCACAGCAAGAAUCGCAUGGCCUGUGUCACCGCUGCCGAUGUCACGUCCAAGCCUGAGCAUUCGCCACACGAAGUCCGACCAGUGGAUGAUGUUACCCAAUGCCACCGGAAUGGGAAGGAUGACCUCAUUGCUGCCGCCAGAUCUUGUCUGGACAUGGAGAAGCAGUUCAUGUCCAAGUGGAACAAUCAACCCGUACACAAUGUGAAACUCCUGAGCGAAAGGAUCCAGGAGCGUGCCUGUUAUCUCAUUCAUAUGGAGCAAGAAUUCUCUGAACCUGCUGCAGCCAGCUUGUUGUGUAUCACCAAUGAGGCCACUUUGGCUUUGGAGCUGCUGAGAUAUGGAGCUAAAUCCACUGACAAGGAGUUCAUCUUAUGCAACUACAUCCGCCAGUGCGCGCUGAGUCUUAUGUACAUUGAAGGGCCGCAUUCUGAUGCCUCCACUGCUGCUAUGGUGGGUGUUGCCAAGGAGGCCAAGAAGAUACGCGAGUGGAUGGUGGCAAAUAAAGAACUUUAUCUUUUUGGUUCUUACGCUCUAUACCAUGAGAUGGGCCUUUGCGACUUGGUCCGGACUUCCACCUUUGGUGUUAUGAAGCAUAUACUGUCGAAUUAUACAGGGAACAGCGAACCGUUUGCGGUGAUGAAUUUUCGAGAGAUCAUGACCGAUAGUAAGGUGCAAAAGACCAUGUCAGGAACUUCAGACAAAAGUUUAUCACAGGUAUCAAGAGGAGACGAGCAUCGCACGAGGAGGAGAGGAGCAGCUGGACGUGAAGACGGACGUCAAGAUGGACGUGAAGCUGGACAUGGAGCUGGACAUGAAGAUAUCUCAUGGACGCACGAGGGAGGAGCGGGAGGAAUGCGCGAGAGGAGAAGAUGUCCAGGCCGGUCCAGCACCCGGUCCGACCGGCCGCCAGAUCGGCCAACCCGGUCACUGACCCGGUUGACCGGGCGCCAACCGGGCGCGAUUUAUCGUACCGGAUGAAACCCGGAAAACCUCGCAACUAUCCGGCUGCCGCCCGGUUGACCGGACCCCAGACCGGCCGAUCUGGUCCCUGGCCCGGUUGACCGGAUUCUAGACCGGAUUCGUCCGAGUCUGUCUCGACCAGAUCUAUUCUAGGUCGGUAAUUUUUGUAUCUUCUCGAUCAGAACUCGUCCCGGACGCCUAUAUAAGUGCCCAGGACGUCCCCCUAGCGGCUUUAGACCACGUUUAAGAUAAACCCUAGUUCUUAGUUGUUUG